AUGGCCCCCCAUAACGACAUCGCCGCAUUCCACGAGGCACUGGCCUCAAGCAAGCGUAUCCUCGCCCUCUGCGGCGCCGGCCUCUCUGCCUCGUCCGGCCUGCCGACCUUCCGCGGCGCCGGAGGACUCUGGCGAAACCACGACGCCACGGACCUAGCGACUAUGAAAGCCUUCCGCCGGGACCCGGGCCUGGUGUGGCUAUUCUACGCGUACCGGCGACACAUGGCUCUAUCAGCGAAGCCGAACAAGGCGCACUAUGCCCUCGCCGCGCUGGCGGAAAAGAAUCCGGAUUUCUUGUGCCUGACGCAGAACGUUGACGGUCUCUCGCCAAGGGCAGGACAUAAGGAGGACCAACUCCGCCUCCUCCACGGAAGCCUAUUUGACAUCAAAUGCGCCAACCCGCAAUGCACUUACAUCGACCACAACAACACCCAAGACCCCCUCUGCCCAGCCCUUGCCCCGGCCUCUGAAGACCUCGCAGACCCAACCAAGACUCUGCCACUCCUCGACCCGACCAAAAAGCUCCCCACCAUCGACGAAGCAGACCUGCCCCACUGCCCAUCCUGCAAAACGGGCCUGCUGAGGCCCGGCGUCGUCUGGUUCGGCGAGGCGCUUGACGAGGCCAUGCUCGACGGCGUCGACGCCUGGAUCGGGCAAGGGAAAGUCGACCUCAUGAUCGUCGUCGGUACGUCGGCGCAGGUGUGGCCGGCCGCGGGGUACAUUCUCAAGGCGCACGCGGCCGGGGCGCGGGUGUGUACCGUCAACCCCGAGGCCGAGGAUGAGGGCCAGAUGGGCAAGGUGAAGAAGGGGGACUUUGCGUUCGGGAGGGACGCGGCGGAGGUAUUACCGUUGUUAUUGGAGCCUGUUAUUGGAAAGAUGAGAGCGGAUGGGCGGGCGUAUACGGAGGAUUGGAAGGCUGAGUAG